CUAAAAUACAAACAGGAUACGGAUGAGAAGAAUUCCCAAUCUUUUAUUAGCAAUUUUAUCUCGAAAGGUUGAGAUGUAAGACAACGGGUAACACUGUAUUAUUCAGUUGUUGAAGCAUCUAGAAUUUUCAUUAGCUGGUUCACAACUACGAGAUUUUAUCUUUACCCGCGACAUAUUUAAUUACCAAUUACUAAAAAAAAGUCUAAAAAUGUGGGGAUUUAAAUCAUUCUGGGUUUUUGUCACUGUUUUAGUUGUGGCCUCGAACGCAUUCAAUGUGGAACUUUAUGAGGAGAAGCAUUUUAAAGGUCGACAUACCACGCUUGAUGUGAAGGGUUGUACGGACGUACCUUCAAUGUUUGACGACAUUAUUUCUUCAGUUGAUCCAUCGCAGUGUGUUAUCAUUUUUAAGCACCCGAAUUGUCAAGGUCCUCGAGUGAGGUUGGAACCCUCCGGAUUUGGAACUGCAUAUCUGAAGGAAAUCAAUUUUGAAGAUAAACUGACUUCCAUUGCGCCGUGUAGCUUUUCCAAGAAUGAUGCCAAACGGCGAGAUGAGCACUAAAAUUGUGUCGAAAUCAGAUAUGCGUACUGGACCCUGAUAAGAACUCAUUUAAACAAAUAUUUAAUCAAAUAUUCAAAUGUCAUGAACUUCCUGUUUUUUUUGUUAUCACUGGUCACAUUGUCCGUUCUAGUCAAAUAAUGUCUCAUGCGUAAUAAAGACACGAUUCAUAUUUGAUUAGUGCUCAUGCGUAUGCUCUUGUCCUGUGUGAAGUGUGGAUUAAAUGUGAGUUCUACAAUAUUGUUUCCUAUUGUUUUAAUUUGAAAUUGUUUUAAACUGAUAAUGUCAAUUCAUGAAUUUUUAACAAAAAUAAAGAUGAAAGCCACAUUAUGGUUGA